AUGGAUGGUGACUUAAAUACAUCUUCAUCCCCAGUCAGUGGUGAACUGGAGGGUGACGAACUGGAGGGUUACUACGUUAAUCUCGGAGCUCGAAGAUGGCUCGCAGCAUGGCUCGGGUCCAUUGCCGUCGUCGGGUUCUUCGGUAAUGUCCUCGUGGUUACCUGCGUCAUCCUAUAUCCGAAGCUGCGUACGAUCACUAACGUGUACCUCACUAGCCUGGCUGUCAGCGAUAUUCUGGUGAGUUUGACCAUUCCGUGGAUCAUAGUCGGAAUGGUAUCUACCAGGGGUUGGCCGUUUCCAGAUGAAACCUGUAUCAUUGUGGCUAUACUUCGGUUCACCAGCAGUGGCAGCAGUGUGUGGCACUUGGUUGCUAUUGGUUUUAACCGCAUGUUUCUCAUCACCACUUCGACGUCAACGUAUAAAAAGAUAUACAGCCGUGUUAACACUGCAACCAUUCUUUUUGUCACAUGGCUAAUUCCUUUCUCCGUCAUUAUUGUGCCUUAUGCCAUCGGUGCCACGCAACUGGGAUAUGAUGACGGUCCCAAGCUUUGCAGUGAUCUUGAAGAUCGGCCGGACGGAACUGAAAACCUUACCCAUACCUACCUUGCCGGGACUUUUCUGACUUGUAUACCACUUUUCAUUGUAAUAUGCGUGUAUCUGCGAAUUUUCGUACACAUCAAACAGCAUGUGAGGAAGCAGAAAGCAUGGUCCUCUGGUCAACAACAGGAGAACACUAGAACUACUGGAACGACCGCAACCGCGCAAGACACAGUAUCACCCGAGCAGCAAUCAAAGCAGAAUACCGCGGGACUUGGCACAAGUACGACCGUGCAAGACCCGGAAUCGAGCGGUAAGCAGCAGAACAUCGCGAAUCCCACCGCUGCCAACAGAAGACUUCCAGUCAAGAAAGGCAAGGAUCUUGAGACUCGCAUCACGAAGAACACUUUCUAUGUGACUCUCGGGUUCUUUCUAUGUAUCCUUCCAUACGGUAUUUAUAUUCUCGGCGGAGGAUGGUUCAGAAUCAAGGGUACACCUUUGGCACAGGCUUUCCUCCUGUUCAACAUCUGCAUGAACCCAGUGAUUUACGGUACGAAGCAUCCACACUUCAGGGUUGCCAUAAGGAAUAUCUUCUCGAGACGAUUGUCAGGUGCACUUGUCACGAGUAACUCCGUCGAUCCUGCUAAUCAUACCCAAGGGAGUACUUGAUCAAUUAUUAACUA